AUGGCGUUCCGGAGGAAACAAAGCGCGCCGCGAUCGAGUACCUUCCAGGGCUUCCGGCCAUUUAGGGAGCAGUCGUCGUUGCUUUCCGCUAGCUGCGACUCCUCUUUCGCCUCUUCUUCCUAUGUCGUCGCUUCCCGCGAUACCUCUGAUCGCCAGACCCAUUCGCAGCAUUUUCGGCAAACCACGGUGAUAUAUGAUAAAGUUGCAUCGAGGAUCCUCUAUCAGGAUUCAAAUUCUUAUUACUACACGUCAAUGAAAAAUGAGAAUGAGGCCAAGUAUGGAUUUUGGGGUGUUCUAACUAGACAAACAAAGACUAUGCUUGAAGAUGACAAGACUUCUCAGAAACAUGCAGACCGUAACCACCAGCUCCAUUCACUCAACUCAAGGAAGAAUCAGCUCCAAUCACGAUGGUCAUCUGAUAGUUACCAUGAGAAAGAAAGCCUAACUUCUAGGAACAGAUCAAGGGAGUUUUCUGUGAGGGACAUGGGUGUUCCAACCCAAAGUACCACUGAGAGUGGUUGGACAAUCAUGGGAAAUAAGACAGCUGGUGUGAUCCAAGAAACAAGUAAGCUGCAAAUAAGAGGAAAACCUGCAAUCUCUGAUGCACCGGAUCAAUCUACAAAAACAAAUGUCACACUCAGUGAAGCUGACUAUGAGGUCCAACUGAAGGCUUCUCGCGACAUUGCAAAUAAAAUGGCUGCUAAGGUCAAGAUUCUUUUGCAGGAGCUAAAUACUGUCAAGGCAGAUUUAGCUUUUACAAACGAAAGAUGCACUCAGCUUCAAGAAGAGAACAAGAGUUUGCGCGAAAACAGUAGGAAUGGAGAUUAUCCAGCAGAUGAUGACCUGGUACGUCUCCAGAUGGAAACAUUGUUAGCAGAAAAAUCCAGGCUAGCAAAUGAAAACACCAUUUACACAAGGGAAAACAUGUUCCUAAGGGAGAUUGUUGAAUACCAUCAACUCACCACCCAGGAUAUGGUUUACCUCGACGAAAACAUUGAAGAAGAUAACUCGGAAGCAUUCUCCAUCGACCAAUUCCCGACCUUUCCUUCACCAUCACAUCCAAUUCAUGAAGUGUUACCUACACUCGCACCAAGAAGCCCAUCCCCCUCUGCUUCACUUCAUACUGUUGGAGAGCCUGGGCUUGUGGAUACGGAGUUGAGUUCUUCAUCAGCUGUUGAAGGGAUCUGAUUGCACUUGCCCUGCCAUUUCAUACAAAUUAGAUUGCGAUAAAACAUUUGUCUUUCAC